AUGAAUUUUAAAGAAUCAACUGGAAUAUAAGUAUAUUAUGAUUCUACAAUUAACCAUAAUAGACAUCAUAGUAAUAUGGAUUUUAACUAAAACACUUCUAAUUUUAACUCAUUUAUUAGUUUACAAUCUCCCACACACAGAAAAACAUCAGAAUGUAAUGGAUUAGAGAAAAAAAUAUUAAGUUCAAGAAGUUAAAUUCAUAGGAUGAUGGAAAAUUUCUCACGAAACUAUGAUUUAAUACAAUUAUCAGAUCCUCUUGAACAUAUUGUAGAAUUAAGUCCUUAAUUAUCGCCAGUAGGAAGUGUUGGAGAAAUAAAAAAAUAGGUUGAUAUAAAACAUGAUGGUUCUUUAACUUUAUAGGAGUUAAAAUCUAAUUAAACAAGCAUAAUUUAGAUAACAAGAUUCAGGUUUAAUUAUUUUUAUGUGAGAAUAUAUGAUAGAGAAAGUCCUUUAUAAGCUUAUGUUAGAAGUGAAAAUUCUAAAUUACAGACCUUUAAGAUGUAUAUAUCUACAGUAGCAUAAUUUCCAACUAGUUUUAAUUGUGAAUAAGCAAUAUAAUCUAAAUACUUUAAAUUUGCAGAUUAACAAUAGAGGGAUACCUUCCAUAUGAAGAAUUUAUAUAUAUCAAUGUAUUCAGAAGAAGAUUGUCUUAUAGCAAUAAACUUUAUUUUUGGUCAUUAUUUUAAGAAAAAAAUAAAAAUAAUAAAAGAAGAAUUCGAUUAAGAUAAAUAUAAAUCAAGUAUUUAUAAUAUUAAUUAGAAUUAUAUUCAUUGAAUACUCCUAGAUUAGAUUAAAUUUAAAUAGAUAAGAUAACAAAUAAUUUAAAUACAAAAUAAUAUUAAAAGAAUUGUAACAUUAUAUUUUAAUUAAAGAGAUUGAGUAAAAGAUUAGAAUAAACUAAAAAUUAUUAAAAUAAAGAAUAUUAUAAACAGUUGAAAGAAAAAAAGUAAUUUAUGAAGAUAAAAGAAUGGAUAUGAUUAGUAAAUUAAAAGCAAAUGAAUCUUUGAAAGAAAUUAGAAAUGUUCAAAAAUAAUUAGAAAUUUAAUAAAAAUUAAAAAUUCGUAAUUAAAUUACUUGGAUUGAACUCAUUUAAAUAUUACAAUAUGUAACUAAAAUGAAAGAAAUGUUAGAUGUAAUUAUUGUAUAUAUAUAAUUUUAAGCAAAUGAAAUUACAUAAUAAAUAUUUAGCAAAAGGAAGAUUAAUAGUUUGGUAAUAUAAAACUAUAACAAUGAUAAAAAUUAAAGGUAUGGGAGCAACAGUUGAAGAUAGAAGUAGAUUCAAAAUGUGCUUAUCAAUAAGAAUCUUUUCAUAAUAAUUAAAAUAGUUUUCAAAAAUAAGAGCUAUUAAACUUGUCUUAUCAUUUUUACAUGCUACUCAUUUAUAUAUUUAAUGUUUAUAAAAACAUCAUUAUUUUGUUGAAAAAGUGAAUUAUGUUAAACGUGUUUUUAAGAACUUAAAAUAGAAACAUAAAGCUUAUAGAGAUAGAUUAUGGAGACUUUUGAACAAGAAUGGUUAAACCAUUAUUCUUGAAUUGAUUAAUAAACAUAGUCAAAUAAAAAAGAGACAAUAUCAUAUUGAUAAGUAUUACAUUAUUAUCUAUUUUUAAUAGUAUUCUAUUAUUAAAAAUCAUGGAUGAUUUCAUUUAACAAAAGAAAUAAAAAUGUUAAUAAUAUGCUCAAAAUUAUCUUCAAGAAAAAAACAAAAAGAAAAAAGUACUUGAUUUCACUUUAAAUAUGAUGCAACCAGAAAUGUUUAAUGUUCCUACUUAUGAAGACUUAUUAGAAAUUUAUAAGCAAUAUGCAAUCUAAAAAAAUAUUACCAUCAAUGAUUCAAAUAAUUGA